CUUGUUCCGUCGCCAAUAAGAUAAACCCCAAUGUUGGUUGGGAGAAAACGGGAAGCGGUUUCCUUAGCACCUUGUUGUACUGUAGGUGUAGCUAAGCUUGGAAGAAUCCGAUCUCUGCCCGUGGUCUGCGUGCUUCUCUGGUGGUUCGUGUCCUGAAAAAUGGUAAUGUUUAGUCACAAGUCUGAGAAAUCAUGAAAUCGGUGUCACUUGCAGCCAUUUUCUGGUGUAUCCUAAUACCAUCAUCUGAGGCCAACAAGACAUUUGAGGACAUCCGCUGCAAGUGUGUCUGUCCACCAUAUCGGAAUAUAAAAGGACACAUUUACAAGAACAAUGUAUCACAGAAAGAUUGUAAUUGCCUGCAUUUGGUGGACACUAUGCCAGUGCUAGGACAUGAUGUUGAGGCAUAUUGCCUGUUGUGUGAGUGCAAGUAUGAAGAACGAAGCAGCACGACCAUCAAGAUCAUCAUCAUCAUUUACCUCUCAGUGAUUGGAGCUCUUCUUCUCUACAUGGUCUUUUUAAUGGUAGUUGACCCUUUCAUCCGCAAACCUGAUGCCUAUGCCCAGCCCCUGCACAAUGAAGAAGAGUCAGAGGAUCCCUGCUCCUUGACAACUGUACAUCCUUCAGCCAGUGCCAGAGCGAAUACUGUGCUGGAGAGAGUGGAAGGAGCCCAGGAAAGGUGGAAGUGUCAGGUGCAGGAGCAGCGGAAGACUGUGUUUGAUCGGCACAAGAUGCUAAGCUAGACCUUUUAUUUUAGGUGUGAGCUGCAGCUGCUGGUUAGCUAGGCAAAAUUUUGUUGGCUAAUACAGAUCCCAUAUCUGUAGUUUAAAUAUCUUGCACCUGCAAUUUCUGAUUGGAUUUGCUUGUUGUCUUCCUCCUCAAUCCAUCCAAGAGAAUAUGCUGCAUUUGAAGCAAGCUGCUGGCUGCACAUUCCAUCUAUGAGAACUGCCAUUUGCUUUAUUUGUUGCUGUCAGAAAAAAAAAAUAAGUCUUGGAUAAUUAUUUGACUUCAAAAAUGAGAAACAAUCACACCUUACUUUGGAUUCUUUAAUCUGCCAAGCAUUGGUCUGGUUUGGUGAUACAAAUGUGGCAUGCAUUUAUUCAUUAUUGCUUACAAACCUGUGGCUUGGCUUUUAGGUCGAACUGGAUGUAUUAUUAAUGGAAUGAGAAUAGCAAUAUCCUUUUCAUCUCAUUGACUGUAUGCCAAUAUAUGAUCUUUCACUGUUGCAAAAUACCUAUUGAGAAGUGGCUUGGGUCUAUUUGUAACAUGCUAGUUUGAAAAAUUGGCACCAAAGAUAGAAAUGUAAUAAGGUAAAUUAACUUAGCAAAAAGGAGUUACUGUAUUUGGCUCAUAAAUUCUUACAGAUUCUUCCUUCAAGGAUUUUCUUUUCAGGAUAGUUAACUUUACACCAAAGAAAUAUGGACAGAUUGUUUUAGCACUAUCAUAGUUAAUGGUAAGCCAUGAUUAACCCUUCAGAAGAAUGACUCUGGAUGAAUUCUGUGCUUCCCAAUCUCCUUAAGGUACCAAACCAAGAAGCUUGUGGGUGCCUCUUUCACUUGCAGAUUUUUAAAUAGUCAGGUGGUUAUACAGAUUCUUGUAUUUUUUGUUUUGGAGACAGCUUAAUUGCUGCCUAGGUAAGGUCUCAGUUUUCACAAGUUCAUUGAACAGAUGAAGUCAUUGCUGUUCAUACAAUUUCAUAUGCAAACAAAGAAUGCUUUACACAUUUUAAGUAUUGAAAGUCCUUUCUGUUAAGAGUUACCUGCACAGGAAAGUAAUUCACUGGAUUAUUUACUGCAAAGAAAAUUGCCCUUCUACAUGUGGCAAUUUAUCCCAGUAUGUAGAACUGGAUUCCACUAUCAAAGGACAUUUAUAGAAAUAAUAGCUUUAGAUUUUAAUAUCUGUUCAAAGAGUGACAUGCAAUAUGCAAAAUAAAAUUUAAGUUGACUUCAUGGAAAAUCUCCUGCAUGAAUUUGGAUUUUUUUCCACAGGACCAACAUGGCUGUAAUUAUUUUAUUGUAAUUUUACAAUACAUUUACCAACAGCUUGCCCAGGUGUAUGAGACAUCACACUGAAAUGUGUUUUUAUGGCACUUGUAGCAGCCAGAUCUAUGCCAGCAAUUAAGGGGAAGUAGUAUUAACAGUAUGUAACUGAAAUGUAAUGUUGUAAUGAUUGCUCAGAUGCAAAAGACCCUACCAAAACAUCUUGAAGGUUGGACAGUAUUUUUUCCGCAUGCAAAAAUAUUUAUGCAUUAAAUGAUCUACUUUAUUUAUCUCUUAAAAUAUCUCUGGCAGAUUGGAUCAAUCUUUGUUACUCUGCAGCAGCUGUUCAUUAAAGAAAGUGUACAGUAUCACAGAUGUCA